UUUAUUUUAGUCAUCUCGUCAUUAGUGAAAUUGUUUUGUUUCUUAACUUUUUCACUUUUUUCUGCCUUUGUUUAUCACACAACCAGAAGUUAAACAAAGAAAUACUAUAUAGGACUGAUUGAGUCAUUUUUGCAUAUAUUAUCAGUAAUCAGAGCUGCUUUUAUAAAGCUAUUUUAUUUACAUUCAAAAGCAACAAGCAGAUAUAAGCGCAGUCGUUUAUUUACAACAGUAAAUUUCGCAUUAAGAAAAAAAGAUGUCGCUGGUUUCUGAUCAAGAAUGGGAGGAGUAUAAGUCGAAAUUUAAUAAGGCCUACUCCGACGAUGAGGAUAAAAUGCGUCGUGAACGCUAUAUAAAAUCAAAGCAAAUGGUCGAAGAGCACAAUAAAAAAUAUGAAAGUGGUGAGGUUACAUGGAAAAUGGCUAUAAAUCAUUUAUCUGAUUUAACGGAAGAGGAGUAUGCUAUGCGUUGUGGCAAAAAGGUGACGCCACCAACAGCCACCUAAGGUGUUAGUAUUAAUUAGUUUCUUGUAUUUAUACGCGUAUUUCGCAUUUAAACUUUUUUGACUUCGAAUAUUUGUGGAAAAAUGUUUAUUUUUAUAACAUAUAUGUAUGUAAAAUGUCCACGAAAGUAUAACUGACUGUUUCACAUAAAAUAUAAUAAAAAUUUUACCGGAAUGCCUUUCUUU